UACGGCCCUGGAGACAAAUGAUUCGAGUCACUGGAGUGAAUCAAAUUACUCCUCACCACUGAAAUGACUCUUUAAAGGGUUAAUUCGUUGGCCCGCUCACAUGACAGCAUCACGUGACAUUGAUCCCGUGACGUCUUGUAGCAAUUUGACAGCAAAAGGCAGCAGUUUUAAGGUCCUAAUACAUAAGAACUCAAGAUGGAUAUCCGAGGGGCAGUGGAUGCUGCCGUCCCUACCAACAUCAUCGCAGCCAAGGCCGCAGAGGUUCGAGCAAACAAGGUCAACUGGCAGUCCUACCUCCAGGGCCAAAUGAUCUCAGCCGAGGACUGUGAGUUUAUUAAGAAGUUUGAGGUUGCCGUCUCUGAAGACAAGCAAGCAAUUCUGACAAAAGAAGGACAUCAGUGUGCAAAGACCUUCCUCAACCUUAUGGCUCAUAUUUCUAAGGAGCAAACAGUUCAGUACAUCCUGACCCUGAUUGAUGACACGCUGCAGGAAAAUCAUCAGAGAGUGAAUAUCUUCUUUGAUUAUGCCAAGAAGACUAAGAAUACAGCCUGGUCAUAUUUCCUUCCAAUGCUGAACCGUCAAGACCUUUUUACUGUUCACAUGGCUGCGAGGAUCAUAGCCAAGCUGGCUGCCUGGGGACGUGACCUUAUGGAGGGCAGUGACCUGAACUACUACUUCAACUGGAUUAAGACCCAACUCAGCUCUCAGAAACUACAUGGUACAGGUGCUGAACCUGGAACAGGGACCAUCUCCCCCAGUGAAAGCUCCCAGUAUGUUCAGUGCGUCGCUGGUUGCCUGCAGCUGAUGCUGAGAGUGAAUGAAUACAGAUUCGCCUGGGUGGAGGCCGACGGAGUGAACUGCAUCACGGCAGUGCUGAGCAAUAAGUGUGGCUUCCAGCUGCAGUAUCAGAUGAUCUUCUGCGUGUGGCUCCUGGCAUUCAGCCCGCAACUCUGCGAACAGCUGCGGCGCUACAACGUGGUACCGGCGCUCUCCGACAUCCUUCAAGAGUCUGUCAAAGAGAAGGUCACUCGCAUAAUCCUGGCUGCUUUCAGGAACCUGUUGGAGAAGUCAGCUGAGAGAGAGACCCGUCAGGAAUACGCUCUUGCCAUGAUCCAGUGCAAAGUGCUCAAACAGCUGGAGAACCUGGAACAGCAGAAAUAUGAUGAUGAGGACAUCACUGAUGACAUCAAGUUCCUCCUGGAAAGAUUGGGAGAGAGCGUUCAGGAUCUUAGUUCUUUUGAUGAGUACAGCUCUGAGCUGAAGUCUGGACGCCUGGAGUGGAGUCCAGUGCACAAGUCGGAGAAGUUCUGGAGGGAAAACGCUGUUCGCCUGAACGAGAAGAACUACGAGCUGCUGAAGAUACUGACCAGGUUGUUGGAAGUGUCUGAUGACCCUCAGGUUAUUGCUGUUGCAGCUCACGAUGUGGGGGAAUACGUGAGACAUUACCCCCGCGGCAAGAGGGUGAUCGAACAGCUGGGUGGUAAACAACUAGUGAUGAACCACAUGCAUCAUGAAGACCAGCUUGUCCGCUAUAAUGCCCUGCUGGCCGUCCAGAAGCUCAUGGUGCAUAACUGGGAGUACCUGGGGAAGCAGUUGCAGUCCAGCGAGCAGUCGACUCCAGCUGUAGCUGCCCGAAGCUGAACUGUCCAUGUGCUUGUGUGUGAGCCAGAGCGUCUGAUCCCGUGUUCUUGGUGUGAAUGUAAAUCUGUGCUAUAUAUAUAUAAUGAACAGGUUAAACAAAAAACGAGUUGAUGUAUUAAACCAUAAAUUUAUAAUUGAGCUCUUCUUUGUUGUGCUUUGUUGUUGUGUAAAGUUGUGCGUCCUUAAGUAAAAUCACAUUAAGUGAUCGGAACAGUUCAGAGUAUUAUGAAAUGUUAUUUAUGUCUUAAAUGUAAAACAAUGAGUAUGCAUUCCAAUAAAGAGUCUACCACGACAAAUGCA